CGCGUAUCCUCUCGUCCAUUUGGUACCGUGAUGAUUAGUGAACCUGUGAAGCGUAUUCUUUGUACCAUCGAGGACCGUUCGCGGCUCUUGAUGACGGUUUUUCUACUAUCGAUGUUCGCAGCGAGUGCUUGGACCGACAACUCCACCAGUUUCGAAGGACCGAGCUUCAUGGGGCCAAUAACAAACGUCACGGUCCCAAUUGGCAGAGAUGCUGUGCUCGCUUGCGUCGUCGCGAACCUUUCUUCGUAUAAGGUAGCAUGGCUGCGAGUGGACACGCAAACUAUCUUGACAAUAGCAAACCAUGUGAUUACAAAGAAUCACAGGAUCGGAGUUACGCGUACAGAUCACAAAACGUGGUGCCUACACAUACGUGAAGUGCGCAAAUCUGAUCGUGGUGCUUACAUGUGCCAAAUAAAUACCGACCCGAUGAAGAGUCAAACUGGAUACCUGGAAGUUGUAGUUCCACCAGAUAUUUUAGAUUAUCCGACAAGCACGGAUAUGAUCAUUAAAGAAGGUGAUAAUGUUACUCUGCGCUGCGCUGCUGUGGGAUCGCCAACGCCAAAUAUCACCUGGAGGCGCGAAGAUGGAGAAACCAUCUAUCUGGAAAAUGGAAAAGAAGUGCGAAAUAUAGACGGAUCAGUCUUCAAUAUCACGAAGGUAAAUCGACUCCACAUGGGUGCAUAUUUGUGCAUCGCAUCCAAUGGCGUACCCCCUACCGUCAGUAAAAGAAUUAUGCUCAUAGUACACUUUUCUCCAAUGAUAUAUAUACAGAACCAAUUAGUAGAAGCACAGGAGGGACAGAAUAUGACUCUGGAGUGUAAUUCGGAAGCGUUUCCGGCAUCAAUUAAUUAUUGGACGAAGGAAAACAACGGAAUAGAAACCACUGGAGAAAAGUAUCUCCAGUCACAGACGGAAAGUACGUACAAGGUACACAUGAAACUUACAAUACUCUCGGUGGGAAUGUCGGAUUACGGAACCUACAAAUGCAUAUCAAAGAACGCUCUCGGAAAAACGGAUGGUACCAUCAAACUUCAUUAUAUUCCAACGCCAACUACGGAAUCGAGAACAUCAACAACGACGCUAGCUCCUACAAUCGAAGAAGUUGAAAAUAUUCAAAAUUCGCGACAGAGACCGUUACCUAGCGCAGAACCCAGUCCCAAUCAAAUAACGGAUUCGUCGUUGUCCAGUGUCAUUAGACUCGAUGAUAUACGACUUCAUGGCAGAGCUAGCAGCGACGGCUACAAUGGCGCUGAAAACGAUGUAACGUCAAAGGGACGAAAAAGUAUCGACAGCGAGAUACGACCACGAAGAAUCGACAACACGGCGCAAUCCAUGUCAUCCAGGGGUACUAGCUCGAAUUUUCUGGCACAAUCUAGAGCGGCCAUCUGCAUAAUCCUACUAUCUACCCUGUCGUAGUCGCGUCAGUGUCUACCAACGAAAAGAAUGGUUAUUCGAGGAAAAUCCUUCGGGGAUCAAGAUUCGUCCUGUUCAUCGUCAUUUAUCUCAUCCACGAAAGGGAUCAAUUAAUGGGUGUGAAUCGACAACGUAAUCAUCAUAACUGUUGCGACUAUAAUAUCCGAAGCUAAAAUCUUUUUUUAAUACGAGGUUUACUUUUCUCGUUGACGAUAUUUUUACACCUUGAAUUCAUUGGAAGAAUUUGUAGAUAAUAUUUCAAAUCGAACUAGUUUUGGAAGACACGGGUAUGUUUGAAUUCUUAAUCUUAAUUAAUUUCUCAUUUAUUACCUAUAUUUAUCGAACAACAAUGAGCCACGCGCCGAUCUGCUAAAUUGUUUGUUCCUAUAUCAUUCGGCAACUUCGCUAAUGUAAUCAAAUAUUUUAAAUUUUUCAAGCGUGAACAUGGUAAUGAUAAAAAUUGGUCUUGCGAAUUGGUUUUGUAGAAAAACCUUUUUUAUCAUCCUGAUGAAGGUUAAAGUUCUCGUUGUUGUCCGAUCCAAUGGACGACUAAUGUUGCUAACGUGAAUUUAUGAACUUAAUUAUUAACGUCAUAAAAGAAAACAAUUCUUAAAUUAUUUCAUGGAAAAUGAUUUACUCAUCGUUGUCAGAUGUACAUAUUACUAGUUGUAAAUUAAUCACGAACUCCAUCUAAAUAUUAUUAAUUAUUACAAAGACGAUUGUCCUAAGAGUUUGUCAAAAAUUAUUUAACACAUUAAUGCGUAUAGUCUCAUGAUCUACUUUGUAUUUUUCAACAGUCAACGCUCCACAAUUUAUUUUUAGAAAUGAUUGCACUUCGGAAUUUCAUUUAUAAAUGAUUGGAUAACAUAAAUCGAUUGAGACAAAUUAUUGAAAAUACCAGGAGAGUACAUCUUUUUGAGUUGUUUGAGGAUUUGCUGGUAUCAUACAUCAUGUAGUACUUACGUUUAUCGAGCCACUUUUUAAAACGAGAUAGCAUUCCCAUUAUAUUUUUAAAUGGAACACGUAUUACGGUAUGUUUGAAAGUUUUUUUAGAAAUAUUCAUUUCUUAUCAAAUAUAUCAACCUCAUCGAUGGUUCAUUAAUCAACCGAAUAAGGCAAGAAAUCAUUAUUGCUCUUUAGUAACUACAAAAUUAAGAAAAAUAACACAUCAAAGCAACCACGAUAGAUGUUAGAAAUCAUUGUGUCAAAUAUUUAAAACGUUAACUUUAAAAUAUGAAACAGACGAAUUUUAACCCCACCCCUAUAAUCAUUUUUAUAGCACUUUAUGCGAGUCACCUUGUAAAAAUGAUAAGGAGUGUGUUGUAGAAUGAUAUAUUACGCGUAUUAGGCGAUUUUGACAUAUUACGUAAUACUUAUUCGGGGUUUAACGCGUUAAGAAAACGAAUAUUUCACAAAACAUCGCUGGACAUAUUUUUCGAUCAUACCAUACGUUUUCUACUUAUGUAUAGUUUGCGAUGAAAAUUCAUAAGUAUGACUUUUCGAUGGAUAAACAACCAUUAUUAAACAAAGAUACGUAUUUUUGUAUUUCAUCGUGUCAGAUAUUUUAUCAUUUUAAAUCGUAUAUCUCUAAAUCGUAAUAACAAUGUAUUUCCAAGGAAUAGAAUGGAAUAAAAGUCUGUUCUACGAGUAUUAUUAAUGGAAAUUUUGUUCCAAUAUAGGUAGUACAAACAAAAUUUGUGUUGUAUUAAGCUAUGCAUAGACGGUAUUACAUUUCUCAGCGUUUGUAAAGUCCUCUAUUAUAAUACAUAAAUAUAUACAAAUUUAAGGAUAUUAUAAAUUAAUCGCAUAGAAAUGGCAAAUUUUAUAUAUUAGUGUAGGUAUCUUCUUUGAGUAGUGAAAUAUUCAAACUAAAUAGUUCAUCCGAGAAUUUUAUUUUAUUUUAAAGCUGUUCAAUUACUGAUAUUGAAAUCAAUCUAUACAGUUAUCCAACCCGUUCAAGUUAUCUAUAUUCGUACGUUAUAUAUUUUUAAGUAGUGAAAUAUUCAAAUGAAAAUUUCAUUCCGUUUAGGAAAAUUAUUCGUUUAUGUUAAACGUUUGUGUUUAAAUGAUAAAAGUCUUUAUUAUUAAAUUAUUGAAAGUAUAUUACUAAAUAAAUGUAUUAAUAGAUAUAUUAAUCACUUUUAAAAUUUCUUAUUGAUCGUGGCAUUUUUUUAAUUCAAAAGAAUUUAAUACGAUUUUAAAUAAAAUCUCGAUAUACGACUUUAUUAUACAUAGUAGUACCAACGAAGGUUUUCGAAAAAUAAAUUAUCGUAGAAAAAAUAUGGUCAUUGUUUUAAAUAAAAACAACUUUAAGUAUUUUUUAACUAAUUAUCUGAUGUUGCAGUAUUAUCCAGUACUGCAGCUUAACGGCUGUUCCCUUUAUCUGUUUUGCCCGAUAUUAUCGAUUUCUCUUUUCUUUCUUUCUUUGUUCGUCAGGUGAAAAGCUCUGAAAUCAUACGCAUCGUUAGUCAAAUGAGAUCCUUUCAUUUCCGUCGGUUCUACAAGCGGAAAUGAUAGAACUCUUUACCGGUGCACUUUCGUUCGAUAGUUUCACGGAACGUUUCUUACCUGUGAUUAUCAAAGUUGAAGAUCGCCUCUCAUUUUAUGUUCUACCUUUUCGCGUUUCCACUUCUCCAGUGACGUCGUUUAUCUAAGAGACACAAUAAAAUGCAAACGCCUUGGUCUGUAAAAGAAAGACGUUCUCAACUGACAAUUACUUUAAUCCUUUCAUGUUAAUUAGCGAAUAUUAAUUUGCGUUGCUGGUAAACACGUAUCUAUGCUAACUCGUACAAUCAACAGAUUUGCCGUUCACACGAACAAUUUGACGAGUUAAUGCAUAUUCGGCCUAAUCGAUGUAUAAUUUAAUUAGCGUAUCAUCAUGUGCGAGUGCUACAUGUAUGCGUACUACGCAAUAUUACUUAGGCUAAUAAGGGAGAAUAGCGUGCACCGAUAAUGCAUUGUAUCCAUAUUGCUAGCCGUAGAAGAAACGCAAUACAGCGUAUUCGUUGAAACGAUUCUGCAUAAAUAAAGUGUGUAUGAAAACGGAUGAGAACAUGUAUGUGUAUAUUAUAAAACAAGUUUUAGCGUUGGGUGAUUGAAUAUUUGAAAGGUGAUGAGCGAUGAAAUUUGUGACCGAGAAAUACAGAUACAAGCAACAAUGUAUAAAAUCGAAGAAACAACGUUAUGUGUAAAUUUUCUUCCUAAAAGUAAUGAUUUGCAUAUAUCUGUAAAUAUGAUAAGAAUAUAACAUUACAGGAGUAUGAAAAUGUCUAUGUACUACUUAAAUUAGUAAAAAUUAAUUUGUAUAUAUUAUUCUGAUAUGAGUUUGUGUAUAAAAUACGUAACGUUUGUACAUGUGCUUGUUACACUAAACAUUAUUUGUUCACCCGAAUACACGUGGCUGUAAAACGAACACUUACGUUAAGAACUUUUUUAUAUUAAGGCCCAAAACAUCAAAACAUUUCAUUAAUUUCCAAUUUCAAAUUUAUGCGAACAACAUUUGUAGUUUUAGUUUUGUUAUUCUAAUCGUUAAAUUGACUUCGUAUUUUACUUUCCGAUUGUGUUGUAUACAAAUGGUUUAGUCAAUUAUCAAACAAAUCAUUCUAUGCAUUGGAUCUCAUGAUUAUCAUCACGUGCAUUGUAAAUAUUAAUCAUAGGCAAAUAUUGCGUUCACGCUCAUUUGUUAUUAAAGUCCGGCAAAUGAAUUGACUUGCGAAGCAUCUCGCCCGAGGCGGGAAUAUUUAAUUCGAAUAGUAGAUAUCGGAUAAAACCAACGUAUAGAGAUUUACUCCUGACAUACAUUCGACCUAAUAGUUACAGUUUUAGUUGUCUAUUCUCGAAUAUUGCGUAUAAAUUUAAUUUUAUGGUCUGAAUUGUAAUUUUAAUUCUAAAGAAAUUAUAUGAGAUUAUUGCGCAUGUCUAGCCUGGUAGCUCUCCUCCAGCCAAGUCGAUUGUUUCAUUUGCCGAACGUUAGAGCUGCGCACUGUAAAGUAACAAUUAAUGUCGUCAACGAUGAACAGAAGAAGUUGUUUGUAUAGUCUACUAUAUUUCGAUAACAAUCAAUCAACAAUCAAUAAACAAUUGAUUACUGAAAAGUUAGCUAAUACGUCUGAAACAUCAAUAUCGUCAAUAAUCUUGUAUAAUAACUUUCGCAAGUUUAGAAAUAUUAACUUGCAAGUGUUAAAAUAGACAUAUCAUAGGUUGCCAUUAUUAAGAAACAAAACAUGUUCAGCUAUUGUUUGUAAUACAUUGUUGAAUAAUUCCUUUACUAACAUUUUCAAUCUGCUUUAUUAAUAGGAGAAGCGUUAGUUCUAAACAAGAAAUCUAACUUUGAAUAAUAAUAGUCUGCUUGUCGUUGACGAUAUUUAUUGUAAAAUCUGUACAUACGCAUAGCAAGGUAGACAAAAAUAACACACUAGUUUCGGUUAAGUUAUAUCGAACGUAGUAAUUCUCAACGUGGUGGAUAAUAUCCUUUUCCUUAUAAGGAACACUUGCGAGAUUAGUUUCAACUCCUGUGUUCUUUUAAAGAUUGUAUGGAAUUUUCAUAAACAAAAGCUAAUGUAAAAUAUCUUCCCGUCAGUGCAGAUCUAGUUCGAAUGUAUGUCCGACUGAAAGAAAAUUAUGGUGAUUGAAUAAAUCGGUAAAUAUUUAGUUUAUUGCGUGUAAGCGACUAAUUCUAUGUAUACGUUCGUACAUUUUUUCUACAAAUGUCGACAUACACAGUAUCAAGGUUCACUCUGUUUAUUGUAUUACAUACGAAUGCGUACAAAUGAAAUUACGAAUGAUUUUUACAAAUAAACUAAUUAGCAUAGACCUAAAAUAAGUUCAUAGUGAUACAAUGAAGAUAAAAAUUAAGAGAAAUUUAUGUUUACAGAAUCUUCUCUUGUUAAAAGCAUGAUCCCCUUUUAUGCAUUCGUCUUCCUAUCAAUUUUAAAUAUACUUUUGUCACAGACGUGUUGUGUGCGAUUAUACUGUGACAUAGCACAGCAAAAAUCGAUUAUAGAAUCUUGAAGUAACUUAGCUAAAAUCUGUACUAUAAGUAAUUAAAGAAAGUAAUUUAUAUUGAAAGUAUAUUAUUUCUCUUUUAUAAACGGUACCUACCUUUCAGAACACCAAUGAGCAUUUCAGCGUACAUGGUUUUUCAUUUAGAAUUAAUUAAUGUACUUUUUAUGUAGAUUCUGGUUUUCUUGGUUCAUCCUUCAUUACU